CACACUGAGCUCCUCUCCUUGCUACCCCCCCAGCCGCCUUUCGGAAGGGCAGGCUCCAGCCCUCAUGCCCUGCCCCGAGCGCCGGGACAAAGGCGGCGGUCCCGCCCGGGCGAGGCGGAGCCGGGCCGGGCCGAGCCACCGCCCGGCCGCUUUAUCCGCCCGCCGUGGGUGGCGGCCGGCGCAGUGCGCAUGAGUUCGGGGCGGCUGCUCGGCGGAGCUGCUCCGACCACCUGCCCGUCCUCCGCCGGGGUUUGUUCCACCCUCGGCUGGGAGCGGCGCGGACCCCAAAGCCGACAUGAAUAAAGCGUGCAGCCCCACAUAACACACUGAUGGCAUUCUGUGCUGCGUCGGGAUCAAUAGGUCAAGAAGGUGUGAUGCCUAGGAAUCUCCUGGUGGAUUCUCCUGAAAUGGCAUCCGAAAUCUCUCCGGAACACACACAUGGGAGCACGGAAAGGACUGCCAGUGAGGAGAACCACGGCAGCCAAGCUAGGUGCAGAAAUCUUGCCUUGGAUGAUGAAAGUUUGAAAUACUUAACUCACGAAGAACAGGAUGUUCUCAUGUUCUUUGAGGAAACCAUAGAUGCCUUAGAAGAUGACUUGGAGGAGAUGGCCCUACGUGACAGUGGCAUCCACUGUCAGUCUCCAAGGUCAACAGAAGAAAAUGUUUCCAGUCAUUCAGAGACGGAAGAUAUCAUUGACUUAGUGCAGUCAACACCUGAGAGCAGUGACCAUGAAGGUCCUUCCAGCAGAGAUACAGAACCAGUGCUGGAUGCCCCUCGGAGAGCUGAGAGCCCUCAGCCAGCCGUACCUGCUGACCUUCCCCCACACCCCCCUGCACCACCACCACCGGUGCCUGAGACCCUUCCUCUUCCUCCUCCACCCCCUCCUCCAGUGCAGCAUCCAAAGUUGCUCCGUUCCAUCCCCACUCCUCUCAUCGUGGCCCAGCAGAUCUCUGAGCAGCAGGUGGAGAGCCGGGCACGCUUCCCCGGCGCCCUCAAGGAAGGGAAUUCUGACAGGAAGAAAGCCCUGGUAGCCAACGGUGAUUAUUGCACAGCACCCAAGCACCCUCCUGCCCCCGCCCCCAAACUGCACCGGUUCCCAAGCAACAUCAACAUAACAAAUGUCAGUGGCAAGGAAUUCAGCGAGACCAUUUCCAAAGCAGCGGUUAACGUCCAGGAGCGGCGGGCGCAGGUGCUGGCCAACAUCAACGGGGGAGCUCUUCUGGCAGCUGAACUGGAGGAGAAGCUGCAUAAAAACGAUUUCUUGUCACGUAACAGAAGUUCUUCCUUACGGGAUCUCUCCUCUGAGCAAACACGCUAUGAAGCCCUGACAAAACUCGGCCUCGUUAAGGGAAAGCCAGCUCAGGACCAAGUGGACCAUGCCCCAAGCACUCAGCAGCUUGAUGUGCAGCCCAAGCAGUCAGAGGCUGUUACCAAUGGAUAUCAAAACAUCCAUGAGGUUUUAAAAAGUGAGCCCAGCCCUUUCCUUCCUAUGGGCAAAACUGUAACAAUCAAACCAGAGGUGGCUCUUGCCACUAACAAAGUCAGCAGCCUGCAGCAGAACACAGAAAAAAGUUGCAAUGAUUAUAAACAACCUGCUGUAAGCCUGGACAUGAGGAGGAGGUCGGGUUCGCUGCCUCGACCUUCAGGGUUUCGAUCCCAAGGGAUAACAGUGAAGUUUUCCGGCCGUGGCUCAACUGAAGAAGCCAGGAGAGAGGCACUCCGGAAACUGGGACUGCUGAAAGAGACAGCGUAACUUGGGUGGGAACGUUGUGGCAGCAGGGGGAAAGUCAUAGCAUGGCUUUGUGCUGGAACAGCCCCAACAGGAUUGGGAUCAAGUGGAUUGGAAGAAAAAAGGGAAAGUUCUCUGCUUCAGGCAAGCCAGGAAGGUAUUAAACACUGUGGAAUGGCCACUUGUGUUUAUCCCAGAAGGACUGGCACCACGUAGGGUCGUGUACAGCAGUGGAGUUUGGCUCUCCUUCUUACAGAGAUACUCAUCUGUUGCUCUUUGUGACUAAGAGGAAUUUUAUUUAAUUAAUGCUGGACUGUAGCAGGCAGCAUCUCGUUAAUGAAGUGUACAGUGCAGUAUUGUUGUACAUAGCAAGCUGAAUGGCUAAUCUUGCUUUUGCUCUUUCUGAAGCCAAAACAAAGAGCUCCGUCUGUCCUGCCCACAUGUCUGUCUGUCCAUGGGAGCUCAAGAUAAUGUCACAGCUGAAAUUUCUGACAGUGUGACACCCUUCUGUGACUUUUUGUUGUCUGUGUUACCUGGCUUGGCUUCUUUCCCUGCCAGUGUUGGAUGGGAAGUGGAGUUUUCUGCUCCCUCACUCUCUUCUUGACUCAAAACUCUGCACAGGAUGGUUUCUGCUUUGACCUUCUCCUGGACAGAGCAGCCCAAGCUUUGGAUGGGUGACUGCCUCACUCUGCUGCUGCACCUGGAGCCUGCCCUCCCCUCCCAGCCACCUGCUUCUCCUCACGCCUGAGCGACCCACGUGUCCAGGGAAAGGCACCGGAGAGCCUCGAGGAUAUGCACUGACAGCCAAAGAGUCUCCUGACAAUCUGUGACCCCAACUGCUCUGUCCCAGGGAGGAUCUCACAGCAGAGAAGCCAUAGGAACAAGUUAACUUGGUACCAAAAGCGAGACCAGUAUGUCAAAAGUCUUCUCUUUUAUGUUUGGGUUCCUGGGAAGGAACUGCUACUUUUUGAACAGUAGCUGUACUACGCAAAUUAUAAGUUCUGUUACUUCUAAAACUAUCAUUUGGUCUUCCUGUAGUUUGACUGCCCUAAUAAUCCUCUGUUCACAGCCUUAUUUGAUUCUGCUCUGCCAAUGCAUGAUAGAAGUUACAGCCAAAAUUCUUGCAGGCUAUGUGGAGUUUCAGGAGAGCUCCACAUCUUUCCUGAAUAGUCAAAGUUGGUGGUAUUUUGCCUUUAUUCGAUAGACAAGCUGGUAAAGAUGGUCCCAAAAUAUAUUUAUUUGUUAGUAUGUUUUUGGGUUAUUUUUAAUAUGGCAAAGCUGUCCUUCCACAUUGCAACUCCUUCCUUUUUUGUAUUACCUGAAAGCAUCAAGAAUAGCCACUUUAAAAUCAAAUGCCAAACCCUCAAUUUUUUUUGGUUGUUAUUCCCUCACAUUUGAUUUCUCAGUGUUCUGGAUUUUUUUCUAAAGGGAAAAACUGACUUGCUCUCUGCACUUUCUGAAGCCUCGACCAAUGCACUGCUUCUCCGUAGUAGCUGAGCAAUAAACCUUGGAGAAGAGGAGGGGUGGCUACAGCAGAAACUGACACACCCUUUGGCGAGGAGCUCUGACAUAACUGUGAUAAACAAGUUUGUAGUUCUUGUGAUAAAGUAUUUCAAACUUGCUGAGCUGUACUUGUAAACGAAGCUGUCGUGAAGGAAAAACCUUUGUGUCAUUCUCAACCUGCCUCAUAAGUUAAAGGUUUUUUGUUGGCUUUUUUUUUUUCAUUUUGUUUUGUUUUUAAUUAUCUGCUUGCUGCUUAAAUUUUUAAUUGUGUUGUUACGGUAUCUGGCUGGUUCUGUUAUGUAGUUAUUCUUUUCAGCAUUUUCACUGGGUAAGUGAUCAUGUUCCUCAUUGUGACAGGCUUGCUAUACAUAAGCAAUCAGUAAUUAAAAUAUGUGGCCGUUCCUGGGCUGGCAGAGCACUUGGGCAUGCAUAAUCAAACGUGAGAGGUGCUGCUGAAGCAAAAAAGGCUGUUUGUGUGCUGCAAGUAAAGCACAGGCUUGUUCUGCUGGGCUCUGAGUCUGCAGUCCUAAAUCAGAAAUACCAGGGAGCACAGAAAGUACACCCAAGCACAUGCUGCAGUGCAGGCUGGAAUGGAAGCUGGCACGUGGAUGAUACAUCAUAAUUUAUUAACAUAACCUGCUAAGUAAAUUUAUAUGUUUCAUGGCCUUUGUGCUUUUAAAUCCUGGUAAAGCAAAUUCUUCAUAAUGAAUGUGAAGUGUGUACGAAGCAAUCUCCACAUCUAAUCAUUUCUUGCCAGCUCUUCUUUGAGUUGUUUACAGCUGAGAGCCCUUGCUAAGCAAACGGGGGGAAAAAACCCUGACACUGUUUCAUUGGAAUUCAGUCUAGUUCAAUAACUCUGUAAUGUCACCCUACUUAAAAAUACCCCAGAUAUUUAAUAUCUAAAGUUGCUGUAUGCUGAAUUAGCUGGAUCAUGUUCUCUCAUCCUUUGUGCAGGGCUGUGUCCUCAACUGGUGGGAAGUGAGAGUUAAAUCUUCAUUAGGUAAAGCAGUUUCUGCCCAGGGAGGACUUGGAACGAGGUAUUCAUUGUGGCCCUUCAUCAUAGCAGAUAAAUUCUUCUCUGUGCCUAAAACUGUAGUGAGUAAAGCCAUGUACUAAAUGAAGUUAAGUCUAGCUGCUAAUAACCUGUAUAUAAAUUUAGCUCUAUUUUGUGUAUCUUGUUUUGUGUGUAUAUGUUGCUGUGAUUUUACUUUCUUUCCCUUUGUGCUAGAGGUAACUGUCUUGCACAAAUCUGAUAAAUCAUCUAUUAAACUAGAAUAAACCAAAUGAAAUGAUGGCUGA